CGACCAGACUACUUCGAUAACGAGAUGGCUCUCGACCCAUAUCCCGCGACCCAGGUCGACUCCCAGCAGGCAACACAGCUCUCCGAGCCCGCCAGCCAGCGACCGCCCGAGACACAUCUCUGGGGCUACCUCGUACCGUGCAGCCCCCAGCAGCGGCGGAUAGACUUCAGCAGGGACAAACGCGAGUACAAGGUUGGCCGCAACCGCGACGAGUACAUUGGGAACGAUCACGUCCUGUCGGGCAUGAAGAUCAGCAAUCAGCACUGCGAGAUCAAGUGGGAUGGACGCGACGACAAGAACUCAACAAUCACCGUUUGUGACCACUCGAGCAACGGCACCUUUAUCAACGGCGAGAAGAUUGGCAAAGGCCGCUUCUCGAUACUCAAAGAAGGCAACGAGAUCGCGUUCGGUACAUACCAGCCAAAUCCUGGCACCGCGGAAGACUAUCGCUUCAUUUACCGCCACCUCGCAGCAGGUCCGCCUGUCGAGGGCUUGUAUGCGCACUACGAUAUAACGGAGGAGCUGGGCAAGGGUUCAUUCGCAACGGUGAUGAAGGCCAUGUGCAAGGAGAACGGGCAUUGGUACGCGGUGAAGAUGAUCCAGACGAAGAACCUCAAGCGGUCAAUGACAAAGCAGCAUCCCAACGGCGACCGCGUCACCGUCGACGCGUCGAUAGCACUCCAUAAGGAAGUCCAGAUCCUUCAAAAGCUCCGGCACCAGAACAUUUGUCAGCUGAAAGAGGUCUUUUACGACCAGAACUACGUCCACAUCGUUUUAGAGUGGGUCGCUGGUGGCGAUCUGUUAGAGUAUAUCCUCAAGCGCGGCGGCCUCCCCGAGGACGAGGCGCAGUAUAUCACCUAUCAACUAUGCAAGGCCUUAGCUUACAUUCAUAGCCAAGGCAUCGCGCAUCGCGAUCUGAAACCCGAAAACGUCCUGCUCACGACGGAUAACCCCCCGAUAGUCAAGGUGGCCGACUUUGGACUGGCCAAGGCCAUCGACAGUUUGACGAUGCUCCGAACAAUGUGUGGCACCCCAAGUUACCUGGCGCCCGAGGUUGUUCAACAGAACGGCAAUGAAGGUUACCAGCAGGUCGUCGAUAGCUGGUCGGUCGGCGUAAUCGUCUUUUCGAUGCUUACAAACGCGAGCCCAUUCAUUGAGCCGAGCUACACAUCAGACGUAAAGACAAAGAUCCUCGAGCGAACCGUCGACUGGAGUCUCCUCAACACGUACCACGUCUCGGCUGUCGCGCGCGAUUUCAUCCAGCGGCUACUUGAACCUGAUCCUGAGAUGCGACUCACGCUGACCGACGCACUCAGUCACGACUGGCUUGCGCCGUACGAGGCGGACGUACGCACAAAGCGCGAACGCACCGCGACGCCGCCGCUAGCGCCUCUACCGGAACCGUUGCGCGACGUGUCCAUGGCAGACGCCGAGCGCGAGGACCCGGAGCUCGCGUCGUCGCAGACGAGUUCGCAGUACCCCGUGCCCGGCGCGUUCCCGAGCGGCUCGCAGCAGCAGCAGGACCCGACGCGCGCGCUGCAGCGCCGGCGCAAGAUCCUGGACGACGCGAAGGAGAAGGGCAUCCAGCCGCCGGAACCGUCCGUCGAGAUGGUCGCGAACGCGGCGCGCGACGACGACGAGCCGGUCGCACAGCAGCAGCAACGCAGACAGCGGCCGCUGAAGCGCAAGGCCGGAGACGGGUCCGAGUCGUCGUUGAGCCCGAUGCCGGAGGAUGAGGAGGACGCAGAUGAGGGCGAGCAGGAGCCGGGGCCGAGCGCACGAAAGAGUAAGGCGAGUGCGAAUGGGACGCCGGCGCGGAGAGGGCCGAAGGCAGGGCGUGGGCGUGGGGGUAAGGCGAUCGUGAAUGGUGAGGACGAGAUGCGCGUACGGCGGUCGAACCGUCUGGGUCAAGUCCGUGCGUAGUGUGGACAAUUGACAUCUUGUUUAUCAAGGGACAACUGUCUUGUUUGUUUGUCUUGUAGGGUGUUUCUUGCCUCUGUUUUUUGUGUGCUUCUAUGAACAGUAUAUAAUACAAUACAAUAUUUACUU